CUGUCAAAAUGAAGAGCGCAACCGUCUUCCUGGUGGCACUGACUGUGUCCUUCGCCUUAUUCCUGGGAACUUCCGCCGCAGCUGUGGAUUCAACAACUGGAGGCAGUAUCAAAGUCAACGACUCCGUACAAAAAUCCCUUAUCGCAAUCCUGAAUGUGAAUUCAGGGCUUAUAGCUAGCGCUAAACAAGAUGCAGACAAUGCUAUAGCUACUGCUGAAGGUAAUGACAAAGAGACCUUGGGCGAAGUUAGUGCUUGGUUGGAUGACAAAGGAGAAGUUAUCAAUCAAUUCAAAAAUGAAAUAAAUAGCGCACUCGACAGUGGUGAUAAUGAAAAUCUAGCACGAGUAUCAACUGCAAUUACCGAAGCUGUUGCAGUGAAAAAAGCUGAAUGGUCAAAAUUAAUGGGAAAAGUUGAAAAUGGCGAACUUAAACGGAAUUUGAAUGAGAAGGUGAAUGCCAACUUUGCUAAUGCCGAUUUAGUGGAUGUGGCAGUUAAAGGCGUUGUAUGCCAAAGUGCCUAAAACGUUAAGAGGGGUUUCUCCGUCGCUCGCUCCAUACAAACGUAGUUCCUAUUUCAUUUGAAUAUUAAGCAACCAAAGUCCAUGAAAUUUUGCAGACAUAUUCUAGAAACUUAUCUUUGCCUGUGGUUUUCCAGAUUUCU